GGCGUCUUGAUGCUGUCUCUCGGAGCUUUGGCUGCAGAUAAUUGGCCUUACCAAACAUUCACCACUGCUCCGUGGCGAGUCCCCCAGCUGAAUAUCAACGAAACGGGAGAUGUGGGCCAGGGAUACAUUUUUCUUGCCCUACAGGGCGAGCAGGCCUCGUCCGUUGGCCCUACCAUCUAUGACGGCAAUGGCGAUUUGGUCUAUCAGGGGUCGCAUGCCAAUGCGAGAGGUUUCAGGGUGCAGAAUGUAGCAGGUCAGGACAUGAUCACAUUCUGGUCUGGCCAGUAUGUCGACCCGGGAUACGGCUAUGGUACUGUUCAUGUCCUGGACAAUGCCUACAACGAGUUAUACACCAUUACUCUGAAGGACAACUACAUCACGCCCGAUGGCCAAACCAAGCUUUCCUAUCUAGACGCCCAUGAGCACCACGUAACGGCCCGGGAUACUAUUCUUGUUCCUGUCAUUAACGUCACUGAACAUGACCUCAGUGCCGUUGGAGGACAGCCUGGUCACUAUGUGGCUGGUUGUCUUUUCUAUGAGAUCGAGGUGAAGUCCAAUGACAUUUUGUACUCAUGGAAUGCCCUUGACCACAUUCCUAUCGAAUUGUCGGAGGUAGAUCUUACCGGCACAGGCACUCGCGAACUGCCGUUUGAUCCCUACCAACUCAACGCAAUUGCUCCGACAGCGCAUGGCUUUUUAGUGUCUCUGCGAGGAUUCUCCUCUGUCUUUUAUCUCAACAGGGAUGGUUCGGUCCGGUGGCAACUUUCUGGCAUCAAUGGUGGUGACUUUGAACUCGACGAGGUCAGUUUCUCGUGGCAGCACAACACACGCGUGUAUGACGAAACCGAUGAAAGCUUGACACUUAGUUUGCUCAGCAAUGCAAACAACGACCAUGAAAGUAAUGGCGAGAGUAUUGCAAUGAUCCUACACGUCGAUCUUAUCAAUCGCAAAGUUUCGACCAUCCGUGAAGUGUCUGACCCGAAUGACCCGAUCCAUUCCAAAAAUGGGGGAAGUCUCCAACUUCUAGAUCCAGCCACAUCGCAGUCUCGUCUCUUUGUUGGUUAUGGCGAUGUUCCCGAGUUGAAAGAGUAUGGUAGUGAUGGCAAGGUUGUUUUCUCCGUUCAAUUUGGUCAUCCCGGCCAUAUUGGAUCUUCCAGCGCCUCCAAGUCCCGAUGGAGGGCCACGCCGUUUUGGAAACCGACAGGGGUAGCCAAGAAAAUAUCGGAUUUUGCUUCCGAUGUAUACAUGAGCUGGAACGGGGCAACGGAGUAUGAUAACUGGGCCAUUUACUCUGUUCCAUCGCAGGACUCCGACGAGACCACUUUCCUCACAUCGCAGAGGCGGGAUGGCUUUGAGACGAGAAUCAGCAUUCGUGUUACAGAUUUCUCGUACAUUCGAGUGGCGGCCAGACAGGGACAAGUAUCGCUUGGUAUUUCGGAUGCUAUCGAGCUGUGAGAUUAGAUUGUGAGUCAAGUAAUACUUGAUUGGAACGUUAUUGACGACUAAGAACACAUGUGAUGAGUUAAGAUGGAAUGAACUUAUGGCCGGAAGAAUGAUAUUAGACCAAUGCAGCUUCAAGACACAAUGCAAUGACAAUAGUUCGAGACCUUGGUACUCCGUAGAUCGAUC